AUGACAAUGACAGAGGAUAACGAGUGGAUGAAGACAAUUCAGAAUGAAAAUGAAUACCUGAAAGAUCAGGUUAGAUUGCUCCGGGAGAACUAUGAAUUACGUUCGUUACUGAGUCAGCACUACGAAAACAGCCACGAAGGGCGAAUUGUCACUUCCCACCCUGCUCCCGUGUAUCCGAAUGCCCGUUCGCCAGGACAAGGAGCCCAGCCUCACAGAAGAGAUAUCAAGCCACUGGAGAGCCCAAGUCACCUACACCCUUCGCUGCUGCAGGAGUUCAGUUAUUCCCCUCUCCAUAUUGCAAAUGAGGAAGCAACUCUGUCUAGCCCCAAAGCCCAGGCAGAGGCUACAUUUAAGGGGAUUCCCAAUAAUCCCACUUUGUUUCAGCCUACACCUAGAGAGAGGAAACCAAUCCUGCUUUCCAGCACUUCCUGGACCACCAGGAUGGAGAAACAGCUGCCAGAAUCCAUAGACCUCUCAAGGCUGAAGAAAGUCUGCUUCACAGACGUGGCUUCACCUGGAGGAGAUAAGGCUCGUUUAUAUGGGAUGGCUCACCAGCAGCAUGGAAGUGUCCUCAAUGCACCAGACCCACUGAGUCAGCCCCAACCAUCGUCCCUGGGAGAAUUUGUUUCCUCAAAUCCCCUCAGCAUUUCACACAAGGAAGGGGCCCAGGCACAGGCUGUGUUUCCAGGAUACUUCAAAACACUGGAGCCAUUUCCCCCGGGAAUUCCCCCAAGGAAGCCAGUCCCCCUUAUAAACAAUGCACGGGACACAAUGGGUGAGAAAAUGUCCCUGGAUUCAGAAGAGAUGCACAGGAAAAAGAGAGUCUGGUUCUCAGAGACCCCAGGAGGAGAUGAGCCGCGGAAGCCCCAUACCUAUUAUUUAAACGAGUUGGAGCUGAACAGCAAGAAAAAUGGCCGCAUAGUGGGUGAGAUUGCCUUCCAGCUAGACAGGCGCAUCCUUGCUUAUGUGUUUCCUGGAGUAACGAGACUUUAUGGCUACACAGUGUCCAACAUUCCUGAGAAAAUCAAACAGGCCUCCAUGAAGUGCCUGGAUGGCUCUGUGGAUGAGAAAAAGCACCGAGCCAUGAUGCAGCGCUACCUGUCCCUCGCUGCACGCCUCGAGAAGAUGGGCUACAACCGGGAUGUGCACCCGGUGUUCAGCGAGUUCCUGAUCAACACCUACGGCAUCCUGAAACAGCGGCCAGACCUGCACUCCAGCCCACUCCACAGCAGCCCAGCUGAUCUGCGCAAGAUCGUGAUUGACAUCGUCCCGUCCAAGUUCCUUGGCGACACUUUGCUGCUGCUGAACUGUUUGUGUGAACUCUCCAAGGAAGACAGUAAACCUCUCUUUGCUUGGUAGUGGACCGUGCUCACCGUACCCCCGCUGACAAAACUAUCCUCCCAUAGACAUGAACUCUAACCAUGAGUUUUAAAUACAGACAUGGAUUUUUUUUUAUCUAUGUCAUGAGGCUCAGUCAGUGCAGUUAGCUCCAGCAGGAAUACUGUGUGUGUUUGUUUUUAACGUGAGAGGUUUCUAGAUUUUUCCCAUCCUCUUUUCUAUUAUCCUAUCCUAGCCUCUGUUCUGCUUCCAACAGGGAAAGCCAGCAGGCCAAAGGCAGUCACUUCCCCCUCCACCCAUCACACUCUUCCCCCCCUGAAAUGGAGGGAUCGACUUUGCACUCAAAGCUGGGAAAGCUUCCACCUGCAGUCACUGCAUGCCCCUGCUGUGGCCUGCUCCACAGUCAGCAGGAGGCGCUGUGACAGACACUGGGGAAGGGACUGAAAUCCAUCCUGCUUGUACGCACUCACCUUUCUGACUGGAAUGAAUAGUAAGAGCCAAACGGGCUGGUGCACCAGCCAUGCCUGUCCUGCUGCUGAAUGACUUUGCAUGCCCUCUUGAUGUUUACAGAACAAAACACAGUCCAAAAAGAGAGAGCAGGAGAGAGACGCACCAGGGUUACACAGCUGCCUUUGACUCCAUUGACUUUAGAGCUGCCGCCUUUUUCAGCUAGGGCUGGGGAAGCUCAUCUCAUUGUGUAUCCUAUGGGCCAGGAACCUGGCUUAGGCAGACCAUUAAACUGAGUUUAUGGCUGCUCUGAGCUGCAGGCCUGGUGCAUUGGGGACCUGCAUGUGUAAAUCACUGUUCACCUGGAAAGCAGCAAGCCCACUGAAGUUUUAGCUGGCAUUGGGGAACAAUGAUUACUGUGUUUGCUUUUGCAUAGCAAGUGCCUUCAGACCUGAUCCAUUCUUAGGAGAGUAGCCCUUGCUUCUCUGAGUAAUCCCAUUGGUAGGAAGGAGGAUUACCCACGUGAGUGAGGAUCGCAGGACUGCGUUCUUUAUUUGUGAGGUUUCUAGCUACUGCAGAGGGAUUCAACAUUAACAUGGGUCAGGAAUCCUCUAGUCCCCCUGAAGAGAGGAAAGACACCAGGGCUGUGACACUGGGAUCUGAGGAUGGGGGUGCUGGGAGAGGAAGUCACAGGGCCUCAACAGCAAUCCAAAGUACUCCCUCUGAGUAAGAAGAUCAGUCUGGUCCGAAA